GAGCCGUACGCCAGCAUCGAAAAACAAAAAGAAAAAUUAGUUUUUUUUUUAAUAUUUCGCAAUAUUUUUGAGAAAAAGCGGAAAAGCAAUGAAAAAGUGAUAUGAAAAUAAAAAAGAAUUGAUUUAGCGUGAAAUGUCCAAUAUUAUGAACUAUGAUAAGAAGUAAACUCUUGAAUUUCUGUAAUAAAGUGGAAAGACUAUUUCAUAAAAUGAGUGCACUAAAUUCAAAGCCGUUCACCGUCCUCGUGGAAGGUAACAUUGGAAGCGGCAAAACGACAUUUCUGGAACAUUUUCGACAGUUUGAAGAUAUAACGUUGCUGACCGAGCCAGUGGAGGAGUGGCGCAAUCUGAGGGGAUGGAAUCUUUUGGACCUAAUGUACAAAGACCCAUCAAAAUGGGCAAUGACAUUCCAAGCGUAUGUUUCAAUGACAAUGUUGGAUAUGCACCGACGGCCGACAACCACCCCUGUGAAACUGAUGGAGAGGUCUUUAUACAGUGCAAGGUAUUGCUUUGUGGAGCACAUGAUGAGACAGGGUACUUUACAUCCCGCACAGUUUGCAGUGUUGGACGAAUGGUUCAGGUUCAUCCAGAGGGAAAUACCCAUUGAUGCUGAUUUGAUUGUGUACCUCAAAACAACACCGUCAGUGGUUUAUGAGAGGAUUAAACGGCGGGCGCGCUCGGAGGAGCAGUGUGUGCCGCUGAGCUAUAUAGAGGAGCUGCACAAGCUUCAUGAAGACUGGCUCGUGAACAGGACACUUGCUGAGUGCCCUGCUCCUGUGUUAAUGAUAGACGCAGAUUUGGACCUCACCCAAAUAACAGAAGAGUACAAGAAAAGCGAGCACCAAAUACUAAGACGAGCUGUUGACGUAGUCAUGCAGUCUCCAAACAAACUCAGUCCAAAGAAACCCAUCACUGGCUCCGCUAUCAAAAUAGUGCCCCAGAUAAGUCUAUAACAGAUCAGUAUUUUUUAGUUUACUGCAUUUUUCGCUUUAUGUUGACACUGUUAACAUAUUCAGUGGUGUGCAUAUAUUUAUAGACAGGGUUAAAAGCCUUUUUUUCUAAACAAAAUAUGUUUGAUUUUUUUUUAAUUUAAACAUUUAUUUAAAAGAUGUUAACCCUGUUUAUAGGUUAGGUUCUUGUUAGGUUAGACAAAGCCAGAGUCUCUGGCCCUUAGAUUCCCUUAGAUUAAGUAUUCUGCCUGGCAGAGAGACAGUCAUAUUAGACCUUGUUUGUCUGGUCGCAUAGACAUACGACAAUAUAGACAAUUGGUUAAGUAAGGGACAAGAUGGCACACAGUCUUAUAAACUUUAGAAAAAUUAUCGUGACAAGAUAUGAAAAUAUGAAUAUCGUCUAACAGAUCAGAAGCAAUGAAGGAGAAUACAAAAAUAUAUUUUUUGUUUGGUUUUUGUAUCUGGCGCAGUGGUUAUGCGUUUUGACUCACAAUACAGGCUGUUGCGUGUAUACGUGUUUAGUU